AUGGAUUACAAGGAACGACAAACAUGUAUUUACGAAGACGGAAUGAUGUUCAACCGCCUCCCACUGGUCACUACUGAUCCCACCAAGUUGGAGGAACAGGCCAGACAAUAUAUGACCUCUCGAAGCUUCGAUUUCGUUUCAGGUGGCGCUGGUGAGAAAUCAACAAUGGCAGCGAAUAGACUGGCUUUUCGACAGUGGAAGAUCAUUCCGCGAAUGUUAUGCCAAACUACUCAUCGCGACUUGAGUGUCAAAUUAUUUGGUCUGUUGUAUAAGAGUCCACUUGUUAUGGCUCCGAUUGGCGUACAGGCAAUCUAUCACGAUGAUAAGGAGCUCGGUAGUGCCGAAGUCGCAGCUUCGCUAGGCAUUCCGUACAUCCACAGCACCGCCGCGACUAGCAGUAUUGAAGAAGUGGCAUAUGCGAAUGGAUUAGGCCAUCGCUGGUUCCAGCUCUACUGGCCAAAGGAUAACGAGUUGACAAAGUCUCUGCUAUCCAGAGCGAAGCAAAAUGGUUACGAAGUACUGGUCGUGACUCUAGAUACCUGGACCUUGGCAUGGCGUCCAUCUGACCUUGACAAUGGAUAUGUCCCUUUCAUGAAAGGUGUGGGAACGCAGAAUGGGUUUUCAGAUCCCAUCUUCCAACAGAUACACAGACAGACUACCGGGAAAGAGAUUGAAGAAGAUGUGGUGGCUGCAGCCCGCGCGUGGAAUGCUAACCUCUUCUCUAGUCAAGGCAGCAGGCACACUUGGGAAGACAUUGCAUUUUUGCGCAGCCACUGGGACGGGCCAAUUGUUCUAAAGGGAAUACAGCAUGUGGAUGAUGCAGUGAUGGCACUUCAAUCUGGUGUCCAGGGCAUCGUGGUCAGCAAUCAUGGAGGGCGACAGGUAGAUGGUGCCAUCGGAAGCCUAGAUGUACUACCAGAAAUCGUGGAUGCAGUGGGAGAUGGCCUGGCCGUUCUUUUUGACAGUGGAAUCCGAACCGGAUCUGAUAUUGUGAAAGCUUUAUGCCUUGGUGCCAAGGCAGUACUUGUUGGACGGCCUUGGGUUUAUGGGCUCGGGAUUGCGGGUAAGAAAGGGGCACAAGACGUGUUACUCGACCUUCUUGCGGAUCUCGACCUCACGUUGGGUUUGGCCGGCCUGCAGAGAGUCCAGGAUUGCAAGAGAACUAUUCUUCGGAAAGUAGCUUGUGGAGGCGAUAUUGGCUCAACGUACUAA